GAAUCGGAAGGAAGUAGAAAAACAUUUCUCUGUGGUAGUCAGCGACGGGCUUUGACAACCGCUAAUAAACACAGAAGUAGUGGUCAGUUAGACUUCAGUUAGAAAAAGGUCCGAACAUAUUUAGGCAGCGGCUCCCUUACCGACGUAACCGUGCACUUCAGGCCGUGUUGGAGCUCCCUGUUGUCCGCCAGGACGUGUUUCAGUACGGUCCGGUUUCCUCUCGAGCCGCGGGAUGGCCGUUUUAACGAGCAAAGCUCUUCACGAGCAGCUGUCCGUCAUUAUGGGCGCGUUGACUAAAGCGGCGGUGGCGGAAAUCUGUGAGGUGGUGGACGAAGGUUACGCGGUGCUGCAGAUGGAGAUCACCCGGAGCCACAAGGAGAACGAGGACCUGAAGAAGAAGCUGCACCUCAUCGAGUCCAUAGUGGUUCGGGGGAGCGGCGCAGGGAAGGCCACAGUAACGGAGGUCGCACCGGCCGCGGACGGCGCACAGCAGACGGAAACACCGCAGCAGCAGCAGCAGCGGGACAGUGACGAAGGAGCUGCCGCUCCCGGAGGAGACGGAGGAGCGGCUGUGGUGCUGCGGCAGGAGCUUCCAGACGUGGUGUUGAUCAAAGAUGAAGACUCAGACAGUAACGACACCUUUGAGGAAGAUAACAAAACACCUGCUGAUGGAGGGACGGCUGCAGCCAGAGAGGGCGCCACGUCGAGUCCGAUCAGCCGGAGUGUGAAGAGACACUGGCCGGGAAGCGAAGACACUGAGAGGAAGACAUCUGAGCAGCUCACACUGAAAACCUCCAAAGUGAGUGCAGGGACACAGAAGAAGAGCGUGUCCGUCUACACGCUGGACUCUCCUCGCAGUGAGCCGGGCUGCUCCGGACAGCUUGGCGGUGAUGAGAUGGAGGCCGGCGAGUCGGUUUGUUCCUACUCCUCUCAGAUGGACCCGGACGUCCAGCUGGUUCACCAGGAGUGCUCGCUGGUCCCGCCUAGCGCUAACAGACAAACAGCGUAUUUUGGUAACAGCGCUCUGAUGGAGGCACAGUCACCUACAAACAGAGCAGAACUAGACCUCAGCCUGACGUGGACCAAGCAGUCGAAAAGUCAGAUGACUUUUGCUCAGUUUCACCAAAGCGAAAACGUGGACGGCGACGCUUUCGGGAUCAAGCUGAUCAGCGUCUCAGGCUCGACUUCCACAGACUGCCAGCUGUCUGAAAGCAGCAACUCUGCGUUUGAGUACGACGACGGCGACAUGAUGAACUUUGCCCUCUACAGGGAUCAGUCAGGUCGAUCUCAGCUGUGUAACGGGCAGCCAAACGCCGGCGCACGGGGGAAGCGCUUUGUGUGCUCCAUCUGCAACAGGACGUACGCCACGUCUCAGAACCUGGAAGUUCACAUGCGGAUCCACACGGGCGAGAGGCCGUUCAGUUGCAGCCAGUGCGGCAAGAAGUUCACCCAGUCAGCUCAUCUGAAGUCGCACCUGAGCGUUCACUCCGGAGAGCGGCCGUACGCCUGCACGCUCUGCUCCAGGAGCUUCAUCGUCAAAUAUAGCCUCAAAUUACACAUGAAGAAAUGUCACCCCAACGUCUGAGUGUGGAUGAGCGGGGGUUUCGUUCCAAAAUGUUCUGUAAAUAUCCAGUUUUAAAAGGAAAAAAAGUUAAAGUUUUCUAAAGGUGUAGAAGGCAAAUUGAGUUUAUUUAUCAGUCUAUUAAUCAGUUAAUUUCUUGUUUUCUGGGGGGCAUUUUUGCCUUUAUUUGAUACUGACAGCUUAAGAGAUACAGGAAAAGCAUGAGAGAGAGGGGAUGACAUGCAGCAAAGGGCCACGGCUUGGAAUAUAAACAGAGGACUCAGGGUUAUCCCAGGUGAGCUAACAGGGCGCCCAGUCAGUUAAUGAAUGACAGAAAAUUCAUCAGCAACUAUUUUGAUAAUUGAGUUAUAGUAAAGUCAUCCAAGGAAGGUUAAAAUCAAGGGUAACUGGAUGUGGUUGAAGACACUAGAAGAGGUUUUGCUGGAUGAGAGGCCAAACAUCUUCAAGUAUGGAGGACAUUUUUAUGGGGAUUGUUCAGCCUUUUGUGCUUUUACAAUGCAUUACAGCAUCUCAUUUAAUGAAAUAGGAGAUGCCUGAUUUUGGUAUGAGACCUAAAAUUUGCUUUGUCUCUGCUCUUAAAGUCUGUAGUGUAGCCUAAAGCUCAGAAACCAUUUAGUCGUGUAGAAAGUCACAGUUUUUGUGUCAUUCUUGGUUAAUAAAACAAAUGAUUAAAUUGUUUUGUACCAGUUAUUACCUUUUUGUAAAAAAAAUUUAAAAACAAGAGAAGUCAAAGGGUUGUUUACACAGGAUAAGAUAAUUGUUAACAGGUUGUUUUCUUGUGAUGAGGUCAUGUUGUGAUGCUACCAUGAUGUUGUGUUCCUUGAUGUUAUAUAAUCAUUUGAGCAGAUACUGAUCGGAUUCAUAAAAACUCAGUUUUUCAUCACUGUUAAAAGGCUAACAGACACAAAAUGGCCAUAAAGAGAAUAUUCAAAACUGCUUUUUUAAGACCCCCUCCUAACAUGUACUUAAACAUAUUGUCUGCUUGAAACAUGUGUGAUGUUUUUUUUUUCCACAGCAAAAUGUGUUUCCUCAUUAAAAUCCUUAAGGUCUCCACACCUUGCUCAUUAAAAACUCCAGAAUCUAUAAAUAUGCAAA